AUGUUAAAACCCAAAGUCAUCGCUAAUGUCCUAAGUCAAACAACAAAUAAUGGCAUCAAAGCAUCAAUUAUAAUGACAAGUGAAGGAUCUCUAAUAUCGUUUGCUGCAGACAACGACAAAGAUGCAAGCACUUAUUCAGCAAUAUGCGCAAACAUAUGGAACACUUACAAAAAAAUGAAUACCGGGGCUUACAAAAAGUUACAGUCGCAGCUUGUUUAUUGUGAGAACGGAGUUGUUCUCGUCACUUGUGUCGGUAACAUGUUACUAUGUUUGGUUGCAUUGCCCUCUACUGACUUGGGCAUUUUGAAGGCAAAAGCAGAAGCUAUAAAAUCCCACCUAAAAGAACCUUUAACCCAAAUUGCAACGUCUGAAGGCUAUCCAUUGUGA